UCCGUGCGAAGUCCACGAAUGAGGGAGCGCCUCCUGCCGCGCGUCUUGUCUCACUGCGGCCUGUGCCCACGAGUGCGGCCCCGACAUCGACUCGCGCCUCCCCUCGCCCAAUCCCCACCUCGCACCCCUGAUGUGCCCGCGUGGCCGCAGCGCGCGGUCCCCUCCCCACGCGCGCCGUGACAUCCCCGUGUGUCUCCAGCGCUGCCACUGCGCGGCCGGCGGGCAGGACGGAGAGGUGGGCAAGGCGCAGCGGGUGGCCGCCGAGGUGGGGACGGAGCCCACCAUCUUCAGCCGGAUCAUAGCCCGCAGCGUGCCGGCCACCAUCCUGUAUGAGGAUGAUGAGUGCCUGGUGUUCCGCGACGUGGCUCCGCAGGCGCCCGUCCACUUCCUAGUGAUCCCCAAGCGCCCCAUCCCUCGGCUGAGCCGCGUGGGUCCGCAGGAUGCGCAGCUUCUGGGACACCUGAUGGUGGUGGCAGCGCGCACGGCGCAGGCGGAGGGGCUGUCUGACGGCUACCGGCUGGUCAUCAACGACGGGAAGCACGGUGCCCAGUCGGUGUACCACUUGCACCUCCACGUGCUGGGCGGGCGGCAGAUGAACUGGCCCCCCGGCUGAGGUCCUCCGCCCCCCUUAGGUUACCCCUUAGGUUACCCCACAAUAAAGUUUCUUGGGGACAUGCA